AUGUCAUUUGUAGAUGUGCUAAGAGAACUAGGAUGCUCCAUAGAACCAGAGGGCGUUUUGUUUGCUGUGGAGCCAGUGCUAUUCAGGAGAAAGCUUGCCAGUCAAUUGAGAUCACAGCCCCAGGCACCUGCCAUAUUCAGUAAAGACAUCCAGGACCACACUGAGGAUCCAUUAGAGUUUAGAAAGUUCUUGCUGCCUUCUCAAAUAGAUGAGACGGUGGUGCAGAGAGCGAGUCGCUCAUCCACUUCAGAGAGUUUAUUCAAGACACUGCUAGCUAUUGACUCUAUUCAGCCUGAAUUAAUUACCUACCUGUUGGAAAGAUUACCAGAGUUCUACGAUGAAUUGGAAAACGACAACUCGAGUUCAUGCACUGCUCGUCUAAUUCUACAUCAAUUGCGAUGGCUGGAUUACAUUACAGAGCCUGAAUCACUCACAGGCAAGCUGAUUGAAAUUAUCCAAAUCACACCAGCCGUUAUCCAGCAUGAAAUGAUCACAUCACUGCCCGACAUUAUCAACGAUUCAGAACAUAAGCCUAUUGUCGUCUAUCUCAAGGAACUGAUGAACGAAAAUGGCGAUUUAACUGUGCCUAUUCUCGACGCACUUUCCAACUUGACACUGCAUUCCGAGAGCUUGGAGGAUGUGAGAGAGACAGUGCUUGACAGACUGGAAUCAGCCAACCUAGACGAUUUAGCAGUGAUGAUCAAAUUCAUGUUACAGACGGUGACGCCCAUGACGAUCGAUCAAGUGGUGUGGGGUAUUCGACAGAAACUCGACUUUAGAUCUUUUGGUAAGACUUUCAGUGGCGACAACAAUAGACAACCCAACAAGCCAACCGCCAUGGCACCUGAAGCAUUUAUCCUCGAGUCGAUUAAAAUGGGUCUCCAAUUUCACAAGUUUGUAUGCGAUUCCUGGUUCAAGUCCAUUGUAGCUUUAGAGACAAAACGAGAUCACAAGCUAAUUGAUAUGAUGGUGCUGAUCAUUUUGUAUUCCAUGACAAGUAUGAAAAAGAAGGUGGAAGGUGUCAUCAAAAAGAAGAUUAUCCAUGGGUGCAUUACAGGAUCCUUGGUGAAGGAGACGAUUGGCAAUCAUCCAGAUGGAUUGGCUGGUUAUUGGAGCACCAUCUUGUCUUUGGCAGAGAGUUUGUUGCGAGCCAGUCAGCAAAACAACAUGUUGUCACCGUGUGCCAGUGUCAUGUACAUUAGUGCUUUCAAGUCCACCGAUGCGUACUAUCGACAAGAAAUCAUUGGUGCGCUGGUCACGCACAUUGGUAGUGGUGUAGAAGUAGAGAUGAAUGUGGCAUUGAAUGUGCUGCUGGAGUUGGUCAAGACGGACGUAUCUAGCGUGGUGGUGUACAGUGUAUUUGUUAAGGGCAUUUUGGACUAUUUGGACAACUUGAAUGAAUAUCAAAUUCGUACCUUGUUUGAUAUUUUCAGUUUACUGGCAUUGACGACGGGCAGCGAUGCUGAUGGCUCUGGUAACUUAUGGUCCGAGAUUCAAACCAUCAUACGAAAGCAACUCUCCAGCCCCAGAGAAAAAUACAAACACAUUGGCAUCAUUGCUAGUCUCUCUGCUGUCAAGGUCUUGGGGUCCAAGAAACUCUGCAACGCUUUUCAAAAUCUAGAUCCUCGAGACGGAGGAGGAGCAGGCGGAUCCAGCAGCACCCAAGUCAGUCGAGUGAUCUUGGCACAUACGGCUGAACGGCAUCCCAUUUUGCACAAAGCCAUCGAUCUUCUGGAAUUUGGACUUUCCAGCUCUAAAGAGUAUCCUAGUUGUAUUACGCUCAUGUACGAUGAAUUGGCGCAUUUAAUUUGGGAGCAAGAUAUCGACGAACGAUUGGAACUCUGGGUCAAGGAAAACAUGACUCAGGACUUUACCGAGUUUUACAUCAUUAGCUCAGAAGACGCAGAUGAAGACAUUGCAGAGGCAAAGAACAAUGAAUACCGCGGAUUAGAACCAGAGCGAAAAAUGGGAUUGGACGAAAGUGGAAUUACAGUUAAAAUGUUUGAUCUGCUUUGCAACAAUCUGGAUACCCGCAAGAAAAAAUACCUCAUUGUGCCCAUGUGCGCCAUCUUCCACUUACUUGCUAGCUGCGAAAAGAAGCUCAACAAUGGAAGUCUUCAGGGAAUAGAUGCUUUGUUUGGCUGCAGUGUGGUUUUAUUCAACGAUCAGGAUACCAGCGAUUUAUCCACAGAGGAACUGGAAACGGCCUGCAAUAUCUUGUUCUACACCAUCAACUGGUUCAAGGAACUGCUGAAUGCUUUCAUGUUCAACACAGAAGAAGAGCAACAUCAAACGCGAUUGAUCAGUCGUCUCAGAAGCAUCCUUACCAUGGAAUACAGGUUGCAGCAACUGAUGCAGCAAGUGCCACACUAUGCUCCCUUGGAGUUACAAACAACCAGCCAUUCAGUUGAAAGUGUUAAAACUACAGCGGGAUUGUCUCUCAUUGACACACAACACUCUACUGUCAGUGCUGAAAGUCAAUCACACAGCAAAUCAAGGUCCAGCCAUGCCAACAACAGUAGCAAAUCUCAUACAAGCCUCAGGUUGAACUCCAUACAGGACUUGCGAUCCUAUACCAGAACAUUCAGUGUGGAUGUAUUGGCACUACUCAAAUACAAUGAACAGGUAGAGGAGGAAGAGAGCAAAUUGACACUGGAGGAAAUGGAUUACGUCUUGCAAGACAUUGAGCAAAAAUUAGACAUCAAGAUAGCGCCACCAGCGCCCGUAUUCUUUGGCAAGAAAAAGGCGGUUCAGCAUCAACAAAGCAUUUGCAAUGUUACUUGGCUUGCAAGAAUAAGCCCACGCACAUUGAUGAAAAAGGUCGUGGUGUAUCUACCAGCCAUGUGUCAAACUUUGGAGAACCUUUACGCUGAUCUGCAAGACCGAGACCUGGAACCAGGCCACAUUGAAGGCUCAGAAAAGCUGGUAGCAUGCAUUACACGCAUCUUUGAAAUUAUCUACAAACUCAUCUCCUGGCCAGACAUUGAAACUGCAGACAACAGAGACAUUCUCAGGGACAUGAUUGACAUGAUUGCACAAAGAGCAUCUGCUGACGACGAUGACAAGGACCCCAAGCAAGCGUUUGAAUACCUCUCCAAUUACAUUGUCGGUAUACCCAAGGCCACCACAGCUGUGUUGCUGUACAAGAUUUUGCUUCGAUUCAUGGCUCUGUUCAACGACAUUGACAACACGUAUGCGCUGCGUGUAGUGAAUCACAUUGUAUCUACAGAUUGGUUUGACUGGCGAGAUAUUCAAAAGGACAUCCCGUUCUUGUUUGAAGAGUCGAUUGAAAAGAGCCCAGAGCCGCUGGCCUUGUUGUCUACAGUUGUGAAUACUGAAUUGAGCAAGUAUGAGCAGGAGGGUAUACUGGAGAAUUAUCCCUUGCUGAAGUCAGAUACAGUCAAUCAACAUUAUCAGGCCAUCUUCAGCCAGACUGUCAAGGCGUUUGAAUUGCUCAAAGACACAGACCAAGAGGCUGAGCUUGUGUUGAUGCAAACAGCGCAUAUUGUCAAGAUAUUCGAACGCCUUACAAAGUACGUCAAGGAGAAGGAGAACAGGGCCUUGAUUGGUGUAUUAUUAAAGACAGGACGUUUGUACAUUGAUCAAUUCACAAAACACACAAUCCCAUUCUUUACAAGCACAUUCAAGGAUCACACACACAGCAUUCUCGCUAUAUUCAAAGACUUUCAGGCCAGUACACGUUUGCUACAGAUCAUUUGCUCCCAUGUCAAAGUACUCAAGGAUGUGUCACACAGUGCGUAUGUACCACCAUUAAAAAAGGCAUUGGAGAUUGUCAUUUAUCAAGUCAAAAUGCUGUUGAUUGAAAACCGUGUGCCACAAUCGGCCUUUUUUAUGGGCGCACUGAAGCAUCGCGACAUUAAAGGUGACGAGGUGUCGUCUCAGAUUCCAAAAGACAUGUCCGAUGAAGAUGAAGAUCAGGAGGAGGAUAUGGUAGACAAGCUAGAGACGAUACAAGAGGAGGACGAGAGCGAGGAUACGGAAAAGGAAAAUAGACCCAAAAAAGCAAAGAGAAAGUCAGUUGAAACCACUGGCAAACGCAAACGAAGCAAUGCGUCCUCCUCUGCUAAAAAAUCGAGACCUUCCAGCAGCAAAAAGAGUAACCCACAGGUUUCAUAUCGUACAUCGAGCAUCGUCCCUUCAUCAUCUGAAGAAGAAGAUGAAGAUGAAGGGGAGGAGGAACAACAGCAAGAUGAAGUUGAAUUGAAUUCAAUGGAUUCAGAACAGGAAGAUUUACCUGAUGUCAAGAGAAUGAAAUGCAUUGAUUUGGAUCAAGAAUUAGAAGAAGAAGAAGAAGAAGGGAUGGAUGGCAGACAAACAUCACCUAUCGAGUUUUCUGAAGAGUUUCUUGCGACACAAGAAGACGAGCAAGAAGACAACACCGAUGAGCAGCCCCUCUCUCCCAUGCCAUCAUCACCAUUAGGCUCACCACCACCAGCAACACAACCACAAUCUGCCAAACCAAAGCGUAUUACUCGAGUUGGUUUAGUCAGAAAGAGGCCUAAUAACAAGCCAUCCAAUUCGAGUAGUUGUUGA